UUAUCUAACCUCACUACCUCUUUAAUUUUUAUCAGUCACCCUUCCUCCCGUCGAUCAAAAACUAAAACACAUGAUUUCUGUUUUGAUCAGCUGACCUACUUCAAUGUUCAACAGAUUGCUGUCUGCUAUAUUGUUACUUCCUAACCUAAAAACUUAAUUUAUUUUCAUUUGCUUCUUUGCGUUUAAUAGUUUUAUUGCUAAGAAUUUGUUUUACGGUUCAGUAUUUUACUUAUAAAUUGAAUGGGAAAUUCAGAUUCAAAAACUUCCAGCCCAACAUGUAACAGCAGAAGAGAAAGGAAAUCAAAAUCUAUUUACUCCAGCUUUAGCGAUUUUUCAUUGGUGAAUUUAGCAAGUAAUCUUAGUGGACGUUCAUUUGCAAGCGGCGCAACCCAACAUUCCACAACUAGUACAAACAGACCUUGGUCCAGGGUGUCUCGACAUAGAUGGAGACAAUCAACAUUGGAUAAUCCACUCGAAGCAUCAAAGACCGCUUGGCCGGUAUCACACGUUGAGGCCUUAUUUCUUCCCGAAUUCAAAAUCAAGGAGAAAAAUACAUUCAACUUUGAACUUGUUGGAACCAUUGCCAAAGGCGCUUUUGGAAGAGUGUUCAAAGUUUUGAAGGUUGAUAAUGAUGAAGUUUACGCUAUGAAAGUCCUAUCCAAAGCUAGGAUAAUAUCUGAAAAUGCGAUACAACAAGUGAAAGAUGAAGUACGGAUACAAUCCAUGUGCGGGCAUAAUCCUUUCAUCGUCAACUGUCCUUAUUUCUGGCAAACCAGGAAGAAAUUAUUUAUAGUUAGUAAUUUUGUUAGCGGCGGAGAACUUUUGUCUCUAUGUCAAGUGUACGGCUCGUUACCAGAACAACUUGUUGCUAUUUAUGUUGCCGAAAUAGCAUUAGCUUUAGAUUUUUUACACAAUUCGGGCGUUAUUUAUCGCGAUUUGAAGCUGGAAAAUGUCCUUCUAGACGAAGAAGGACAUACUCAACUCAUUGACUUUGGUCUGGCCAAAUGGUUACCCUACAAUAAGAGGACUUCAACAAUAUGUGGAACUCUUCAAUAUAUGGCUCCUGAAAUCCUGAGCGUUGAGAACGGAUACAGCACGCUGUGGACUGGUGGUCAUUGGGUGUUCUUGCCUGUGUGCUGAUUACUUCAAAGUUUCCUCCUGUGGUGAUGAGACGCAUGGCAGAGAUUAACCAGGCCAGAUCUGAAGCUUGCCAAGAAAAUUCAACCAAUGACAAUCUCAAGUCAGAAAGCUGUGAUAAUAUGACAAGAAUCGCUGAGGAAUCCGAAUUAAC